AUGACUUCUAUAAAACCAUUUCAAAUUGAAGAUUUAUUUGAAAUAAACCCAGUUAACCUCGAUCCAUUAACUGAAAAUUUCAAUUUGCAAUUUUAUUUCCAGUACCUAAUCGAAUGGCCUUCACUAUUUUUCAAAUCAGUUGAAGUAAGCAAUGACUUUAACCAAGACCACGAAAUCAGUGGAUAUAUGAUGGGCAAAAACGAAGGAAAAUUGUCGAAAAAAGAAUGGCAUACCCACAUAACUGCAGUCACAGUCAAUGCUCAAUACAGAAGAAUAGGAUUAGCAUCGGAUUUAUGUUUGCAUUUGGAAAACUUGGUAAAGGAUGAACCAUACGAAACUUUAUUUAUAGACUUGUUUGUCAAGGUAACGAACGUUUUGGCUCAACAUCUAUAUGAAAAGCUAGAUUACAGUGUGUACCGAAGGGUGGUUGGCUAUUAUGGACGAGAUCCACCAACUGAUAAAAACGCUACAGACGACCAAAUCGAUGCCUUCGAUAUGAGAAAGCUGUUGCCCAAGGAUGUUAAGAACGAAACUGUGAGGGCCAAUGGCCGCGAGGUAAACGUCUUCCCGCAUGAGGUAGCAUUUUAG